AAUCCCUAAAUCCUCUUGCUAGUUGCUUCACAGAAGUAUAUGCAAAAGGGUUAGCGAAUGCCACAUUCAUUGUUGAUUGUCCUAAGUCCCAACACUUAACAUAAUUGAUUGUUUCCCCUCUGAAAUUGGUAAGCUGAAUAAAAUAAGUGAUCUCUCUUAAGAAUUAAGAUUCAGCAAUUGAAUUCUGGUACUGGUGAUUUAGCUUUGGUGGUGUAAUGAAUUAGGGUAAAGGUAAGAGUAGUGUUGUGUUGGUGAAAAUGUUGCAGCAACCACAAGAAGAACAAUUGGUUGAAACAACGGGGGACGCACCUCCGAAGCAGGUAGCAAUGGCAAUGGAUAGAUUGGGACAAGCCUCUCGCCUUAUAGCCGAUAUUAGGAUCGGCGCUGAUCGUUUACUUGAGGCAUUAUUUGUUCCAUCAGAGUUUCAUCACCCUUCUAAAACCUUAAAUUUUAUUAUCAAAGAAGAGUCUGCUAUGCGCCAUCACCUUCAGGACCUUCGCGAUAUCGGAAAACAGCUUGAAUCUUCUGGGGUUCUGAAUGAUGCACUUAGAUCACGAAGCAACUCUUGGGGAUUGCACAUGCCUUUAGUUUGUCCAGAUGGUGCUGUUGUUGCGUAUGCCUGGAAGCGUCAACUUGCUGGCCAGGCUGGUGCAUCUGCAGUUGACAGGACUAGGCUAGCUCUAAAUUCCUUCACUGAUCAAAAGCGGAGAUUCUUUCCUCAUCUAGAUUCUGAACCAUCCUCAAAGAAGCAAUGUGUUUCACAAGAAUCUUUGGUUGACAACCCAGAAGACGCCGCUGAUUACAGCACACUAACUAAUACCUUACAGUGUUUGGAGAAAGAAGUGCCAAACGUGAAAAUUCAAACAUAUGAAAGGUUGGAAUGGUUGAAGAGAGCUUCUUCACUUCCUGCCUCAGAGAAUGAGGAUUCCUUUGAUACGUCAAUGGCGCAAGCUUACCAUGGUUCAAGUAGUUUAAGACCAGAAUCUCCACAUGUUCCUUCAGAGAAAGUUGCUGUGAUGGAAUUAUUUGUUCCUUCUGUCUUUAGAGCCGUCGUGUCCCUUCACCCUGUCGGUUCUACAGAUCCUGAUGCUGUGGCAUUUUUUUCACCGGAUGAGGGAGGAAGCCAUGUGCAUGCAAGGGGUUCAUCAGUUUAUAAUGCAUAUAGGCAUAUUACGGAAUUUUCUAAUAUAGCUCUGCAAUAUUUUCUUGGAAAUAAAUCAGAUAUGGCUCUGUACCUUCUUCUGCAUUGGAUCAGCAGCUAUGAGAGCCUAUUUACGCAAGCAUGCAGCAAAUGUGGACGACUUCUCACAAUAGAUAGACAAUCAGCACUAUUCUUGCCUCCUGUUCAUCGUCCCUACCGGAACAUGCUUGCUGCCAAAUUUGCGUCAGGUCUGCCAAAGAAUCAGAGUUUAAAUACCGGGCAAGCUUAUCAUGUCAACUGCUCCCCUCCAGAUGAGUAGUGUUCAUGUUUAUUUCUCCAGGUUGGUUCACAAAAUCCUUCUGAAGUAGUACUCCCUGAAAUUUAGAUAGUAAUUGACUGUUGAUGAGCAAUAACACAUACAAUGGCCUAUGCUACAUCACUCCAGAUUCAAGACGUGAAGAAUGUGCUCUACUCAUAAUAUAAAAAAUGGUGCUACUGAAAGAAGCAGAUAGUUUGCUAGGAGUUGUAUUGGAUUUCGCUAUGAACUUUCAUGAAAAUUUGGUCGGUUAUAUAUGAAUUGGUGAUAGCAUGGUUCAAAGCAUUUGGUAUCUAUGUCGUGAUCUGAUUAUUCUGCUGACUAUAGUUUUUUCGUCACUAUAGUUUUCUUAAAUAAGCUGUAGACUGUAGAGAGAUUUUUUUGUCAGCCACAUAAUUUAGAAGAGCCAUCUAUGUCGUGAUCUGAUUAUUCUGCUGACUAUGGUGCUACCUGCUUCGGGUUUUGCUGCUUCAUCUUUUUGUGAGGGGAGUAGGAGACUAUUGGCAUUUUCUGUACAGCUGAAAGAUAUAGGUUGCUAACUAGGCAAACUAGAAUAACUGUGGGUUUAGUUGAUCUGAUUGUUAAUUAUGGGUUUUUGCAUUACAAUAUUUGGUUAUCAUCGAGAAAGGAUGAAAGCUAUACCUAAGGGUGACAAGGAACGCAGUUGAGCUUAAGCUUGGUUUGCUUGACUGGUCUGGGCUGGCAUCGUACCACUUAUAAGAGCUUAAGUCGAGUCUAUGAAGCUCUACAUCUUAUAUUAAUGGAUCUCCAUGGCAUCAAACAAAAUCUUCCAGAACUAGAAGGGGCCAACUGGUGUAGUGUUGUGAACGUGUGAGUAACAUUCUUUAUGUUCCUUGCUAGCUCUAUUUAUAUUUAUGCUUGAUGUUGUAGCUGUCGAGUGUGAUCAUGCCAAACUUCAAACAAGCAUUCUGUUCUUUACAGUCAUACGUCUGAUGGGUGCAGUGUAAGAUGCAGCUUGUAUGCCUGCAUUUGACGAGCUGCUUCACUGUGCGAGUGGGUUUCACUUCUUCCGUUUUGCUACAUUGUAAUUGUUGUGGAUCAUGAAUAGUCACUGUUCUUUAGCAUCUAGUGUAUAGUUUCUAUGUUUUCAAUUUGCUCAAAGUUGCGAUCAACUAGGAACCGUAAAAUAUGUAACUCAGGUUUUGAGAUGUUUGACAAUUCUGUCUUCUUCUGGGGCAAGCCUCAUUCGGUUGCCCUACCCCAAAAUUCUCCUUGGCACUUAAACAGAUAGUUUUCAAUCUAGACUCCCAAGAAAAGCAUGCACAAGUCUCACUAGCUCAUUUGUCAUUACUAAAUGAAUUUGGUUUGUACUUUGAAUGCUUGAUUGGCUCUCAUGCAAAGAAAGGUCGAUUACGAAAUAACAUUCCAAUUUUUUCUACUA